UUGUUAUUGAUUUAACCAUACUUGCAUUACCACAAAGGUGUCUGCUAGAACGAAGGGCGUUUCUUCCUACAAACCUACAGCUAAGUGAGCACUGAACCUUUGCUCGAGCUGCUCGCGAGCCUCCCCGGAUGGAACCCUCAUGUAAUUCGAUGCAUACUGCUGAGGCUCAGAGUAUAUUGUCCUCUCUUGUUUAUGAAGCCUCCACCCACUGGCCCACCCUACAUUUGGCAAAUCAUGUGACCCUGGAAAGUCAUUUGCAAGUACAACAGUUCUCUGUGUGCCCCCAUUCAUUUCCUGAGAACUGCAUAUAGCAGCUGAGGGAGACCGUGAGACGGUCACAGCUAGUUUGAGAGAGAGAGAGGAAAAAAAAAAAAAAAAAAGAGGGGAACUGCAUUCGGAAAGGAAAUAUUUUUUUCCUUGCUCUGCAGCAUUCAGCCAGUCUCCCUAACACAACACAAGAGGAAUUAAGUUAAUUUCAAGACCUGGACAUAAAAAGAAAAGACUCUUGUUUUGCAAGUUUGCUGUGAAAGUAUUUGCUUGAGGAAAAGGAUCACUAUUAUUGGGCUGCAUUUGUUCCUGCUACCUUUUUUACAAGUGAUGUCAUCCUGCAACUUUUGAUAACUGACACUGGGGAGUAGAAUGCUAAUGAUUGACGGGAUGCCGGCAGCAAGAGUCAAAACAGAGCUGUUGGAAUCUGAACAAGGGUCUCCCAAAGUGCACAGCUACCCUGAUAUGGAAUCAGUCCCCUUCUUGGUAAAAAAUAUGAAGGCUGAGCCACCAGAUGAUCUGCUAGCAACUGAUCACUUUCAGACUCAGACGGAGCCAGUGGACUUGUCUAUUAACAAGGCUAGGAUAUCACCUAUCAUCAUUUCUUCCUCCCCUGUUUCUACAGCAUCCUCUUCCUCACCAUCUGCCUGUCAACCAAGCUCAUCACCAACAGUAAUAACAGCAGUGUCUUCAGCAGCAAAUGUGCCAACAGUAUUGACACCAGGACCUCUUGUAGCAUCUGCUUCUGGUGUUGGAGGACAGCAGUUUUUGCAUAUAAUACAUCCAGUGCCACCUUCGAGCCCUAUAAACUUGCAAUCUAAUAAACAUGUUCAUCGUAUUCCUGUGGUUGUACAGUCAGUACCUGUAGUAUACACAGCUGUGAGGUCACCCGGGAAUGUGAACUCUACAAUAGUUGUACCGUUAAUUGAAGAUGGGCGGGCUCAUGUUAAAGCACAAGCAGACCCCAGGACAUUAUCUCCACAACAAAUUAAAAGUGACAGUGAUGACGAUGACCUGCCGAAUGUCACCUUGGACAGGGUUAAUGAAACUGGCUCCACCGCAUUGUCCAUAGCAAGAGCAGUACAAGAUUCCAUUUCACCCUUCAGUAUUGAAAAUACGAGACGGCAACGAAGGUCAGAGUCCCCAGAUUCCAGAAAAAGGCGUAUUCACAGAUGUGACUUUGAAGGCUGCAACAAAGUGUACACGAAGAGCUCUCAUCUGAAAGCUCAUCGAAGGACGCACACAGGUGAGAAACCUUACAAGUGUACCUGGGAAGGCUGCACAUGGAAAUUUGCCCGUUCAGAUGAACUGACAAGGCAUUACCGGAAGCAUACAGGAGUCAAGCCUUUCAAAUGUGCAGACUGUGACCGUAGCUUUUCUCGCUCUGAUCACCUGGCCCUUCAUCGUCGGAGACAUAUGCUAGUUUGAAAAUUAUAAUCUUCUGGAAGAUUGUAAGAGCAGGGCCUCCUACUUGCACAGAAUUCAGCAGGUCUGAAUCCAUUCCCUGUCAGUGUUACAACAUGGGGAUUCGGCAAUGUCCUUAAAAGGAAGAAAAGAAAUGCCACUCCAUUCCUUUCUUUCACUUAAAUUCCCAUAACGACCUACCUAACCAGUUGUUUCACUGAAAAGAUAUUAAUGAUAUGUAACUGGUCAUCAUUCUUACUAUAUUCAUGUCUUUGAGAGCAAAACAGAGUCAAACGUUUGCGAUACUGACAUUUUCCUAAUACUUUAACAGUGUUAAUAAAUGGUGAAUAUUUCCACUUGGAAACCGACUACCUUUACCAGAUGAUAAUGUGAAGAAUUCAUUGUCGUUAAAUGUUCCACUGACUUCAUUUGGUUCCUAAAAAUAAUGUCGAACCAUCCAUAAAAUAAUGAUGAUGAUGAUGAUUAAUGUACUGGGCCAUUAUUUUUCACACAAAGACUUCUGCAAAAAGAAGGGCUGUAGUUCAGUGCUUGGUGCAGCCUGUAGCUGCAGUACACAAAAAAAAUGACAAUUUGUGGUGCAGCUAUGUGUAACUGUAAAUGUAAAGACAGUAGUUGCAUUUUAGUAAGGUGCUCUGUGCUUUGACACCGCUUGUAAUUCUGCCUCUUUAUGAGGUUUAUAUCAGUGUUUUUUUUUUUUUUUUUGUUUGUUUUUUAAUAGAGCAAAGGUAUUUUAAAAUUAAAAACAAUCUUGCUAGAUUGCACAGUACAACAGUUGCCAGUGGGGCUCUGAUUAGGUGUAUUCUGAAAUACGAAGAAACACUGAUUUUUGUUUGUAGACGUUUCCCUGUCCAGCACAUGACUUGUAAAUGAUUCUAGUUGUUUAUUAUAGUACUCCUGCAGCAAGCUGGUAAAAGGUACUGCUGCAUUUGGUGACAAAAGCAAUAAUGUAUUCCUUUAGUUUGUGAACACGAUCAGUCUGCAUUAAUACUCAGAAUGUAAUGGAGUGUUUAAAUAUUUAGAUGAUGUUUCUAUUCCUACACAGAGUGUUUGGGGUUAUAGUAAUUAUUACAGUCAUUGCCCUUUUGUUUAAUAUCUUUUUACAACUUAUACCUACAGGUUGAAAUCCCUUCUGCCUCUAUGAACAGCUAGGAAGCCAAAACAGAUGUAAUUCUGGGACUCCCUUCUGCUGCUGUCCAGUGCUGCACUCAAAGGCAGCAUUGCAUUUCACAUUCCUUUAUUUUCCUUGGUUUAGGAUUUGCUUUAAGUGUGAUUUAACAUAGCAUAAGCGCAAGUGUUGAACUAGUGUGUCUCUAAGUCUCUGGUACACUUUGGUCAGAGUCUGCUCUACUUUCAGUGCAAGUAAAGUGUGCCAUUAACAUGGCAUCUGUGAUUUUUUUCCGUUUUAGCAGUUUUCUAGUUUACUAAACAUACAGCAAUAUAUAAAACAAAAAUACUUCAUCUGUUUAUUACAGCCAUUAGUAGACAAUGGUGUAUGUAUUCUUCCAUUGAAUGUGUAGAAUGUAUGCUCUUUCCUCUUUUGAGAUCUGCUAACAGCACAGAAGUGAACAAGAGCUUUAUGUAUUCACUUCAAAAUGGAUGUUCAAGGAACUCUGUUUACCGAGUAGGUCUUCAAAUCCCCACUUAACUUCAAGUAUUAUAGAGUGCUUAAAGAUGGAUGUGUUUUUAAAUUAUAUGUGGAUGCAGGAUUAACUUAAUACAUACACGUAUAUACUCAGAUAACUUUGAGUGUUAUAGACUGCUUGAAAUAUAUGUAUUAACCUUUUGCGUGUGUGUGUGUGUGUGUGUGUGUGUGUGUGUGUGUGUGUGUGUGU